CGUUUUCUCAGUUUCUCACUGCACCACACAUGUUUUGGCCAGGACAAUGCAUGUUCGUGAGCGAUGAUGUUCUCCUAUGUCUUUUCGACGGCAUCCUCCUUGUUUCAUCUCCGGGCCAAGGACAAUGCAACAGAUAAUGUGCCCAUCCAUCCAAAACAUAUUACGUGGUCACCACAACCCUAUCCAUCAGCAGAAGAACAAAAAUCUUGCAACACUUUAGAAUCUUCACCGAGUGAUGAUAAAUUUUACACCCCAGAAAUGCUCCAAGUCCUCUCCAGUGACGACCUGUAUUGUAUUCUAGGUGUCCCUAGGUCCCCAACAGUCGACAGGGUGACUAUAAGACGCGCCUAUCUUUCUCGGAGUAGGGCUUGUCAUCCAGACAAAUUUCCCGGAAAUCCCGAUGCGACGUCUGCCUUCCAAAAAGUCUCCGUUGCAUACGAUGUCCUCAGUAAUCCGUCCUCGAAACGCACUUACGACUCCCGUCCUGCACACUCACACCCCAAAUAUGACUUCUUUUCCCAGUCCUCGCCCCAUGCGGACGAAACAUUGAAAGGUGUCCUCUUGAGUGUCUUCAGUGAAUUUCUCGAAGGUGAUUUCGAGAUGAUACGCACAUUGCUCAGGGCUAUCGGUGACCUAAACCCAUCACUUGAAUUGGGUGACGACGGCGUAAACUCUCUUCUUUCGGUCCUCCUGAGUGUCCGCGAACGCGUCUUAACCUGUCGCGCCUGCGCCGUUGCCCUCCAUGGCGAACUCUGUCGCGCCCUCGAGAUACAAAGCGCCUUCCGCCAACUUCCUUACUUUGAUAUCGCUGGCAGAUCACGGCUCACUAUCCAACUAACACGCAUCACCAUCUCCCUACCUGUCACUCUCGAAAAUGCCAUGCAAGCUCAAUACACCAAUCCCACUUCUGCUCAUCCUACGCACCACGACCGCGACAAGGACCCAAAUAAAUUCGCCCUGCUUCCCCGGCAUGUCGUUCUUCUCAUCAGGGGCAUCGACGUAGUUCUGGACCGUAUGGAACGGAUUCUUGGAUAGACUUUGCAUUCUUCAAACACUAUUUUUACUGACAGUUAUAUAUGCGCGUUUCAUUUUGUUUUUCACAUUGUAUUCUGGAGAUGACCAUCCCUUCCUGCUAAUAUGCGCAUAGACCACUCUUAUAGACAAUACUCCUGAUGUUCCCCCUCAUGCAUGUAUUCAUACCACA